AUGAAGUGUACCGCCUUGUUUGGUGGCUUGGCGCUUUCCGCCUCGCUAGCCACGGCCGUCAAGGUGAAUCCCUUGCCCGCACCUCGCAAUAUCACCUGGGGCUCCUCCGGUCCCAUUUCAAUCACGAAGCCGGCGCUACAUCUCGAGAAUCAUCAUGGCCAGAACCAAGAUAUCCUGCAUCACGCCUGGGAUCGGACGUGGGCCACCAUCACCAACCUCGAAUGGGUGCCCGCCGCUAUCGAGGCGCCGAUUCCCUCAUUCCGACCAUUCCCGACCCCUGCGGACCAGGUGAAGCGUGACACCGCCGCGACCGCCAUUCACUCCGUGCACCUGUCCGUCGUCGAUGCGGCUGCAGACCUGCAGCACGGGGUGGACGAGUCUUAUACCUUGGAGGUCACUGCCGACUCGGGCACCAUCCAGAUUCAUGCCCAGACCGUGUGGGGUGCGAUUCAUGCCAUGACCACCUUGCAGCAGCUGGUCAUUUCGGAUGGCCAUGGGAACCUGAUCAUUGAACAGCCCGUCAAGAUUCAGGAUGCUCCGCUGUAUCCCUACCGGGGUAUCAUGAUCGAUACGGGACGAAACUUCAUCUCUGUCCCGAAGAUCCUCGAGCAGAUUGACGGCAUGGCCCUCUCCAAACUCAAUGUGCUGCAUUGGCAUCUGGAUGAUACCCAAUCGUGGCCCGUUCAGAUUCGGUCGUAUCCUCAGAUGACCAAGGACGCCUACUCGAGCCGUGAAAUCUACACCGAGACCGACCUUCGCCGCGUUCUGGCCUAUGCGCGUGCGCGUGGCGUCCGCGUCAUUCCAGAGGUCGACAUGCCGGGCCAUUCAGCCUCCGGGUGGAAACAAGUCGAUCCGGACGUGGUGACCUGCACCGAUACAUGGUGGUCCAACGAUGACUGGCCCAAGCACACCGCGGUGGAGCCUAACCCCGGGCAGUUGGACAUCAUCUACAACAAGACCUAUGAAGUUGUGGGCAACGUCUACAAAGAUCUGUCGGCCAUCUUCAGCGACAACUGGUUCCACGUGGGUGGCGACGAGCUUCAGAACAAUUGUUUCAAUUUCAGUACCCACAUCACCAAGUGGUUCGCCGAGGACCCCUCGCGAACCUACAACGACCUGUCUCAGUACUGGCUGGACCACGCUUUGCCCAUCUUUCACGGAACCGGAGGCCCCCAGCGUCGCCUGAUGAUGUGGGAAGAUAUCUUCAUCAACACGGACGCUGCCCAUCACGUUCCGAGGGACAUUGUGAUGCAGUCCUGGAACAAUGGUAUCGACAAUAUCAAGAAUUUGACCGCAAGCGGAUUCGACGUGGUCGUCUCCUCAGCCGACUUCCUUUAUCUUGACUGCGGCUUUGCGGGCUUUGUGGGCAACGAUCCCCGAUACAACGUGAUGAGCAACCCCGGGGGUGAUGUCACCUUCAACUACGGCGGUAGCGGUGGUUCCUGGUGCGCGCCUUACAAGUCCUGGCAACGUAUCUACGACUACGACUUCACCACCAACCUCACCGCAUCGGAAGCGAAGCACGUCAUCGGUGCCGAGGCUCCCUUGUGGUCGGAACAGGUCGACGAUGUUACCAUUUCCAGCAAGAUGUGGCCUCGAGCGGCCGCUCUCGGCGAAUUGGUGUGGUCAGGUAACCGAGACGCUUCUGGCCACAAGCGUACCACCCAGCUCACACAGCGCCUGUUGAACUUCCGCGAGUAUCUGGUUGCCAAUGGCGUCAUGGCCACCAACCUGGCGCCAAAGUACUGCUUGCAGCAUCCCCAUGCGUGCGACUUGUACUACAACCAGAGUGUAAUCACUCCUUGA